AGUGGCCAUAUAGAGAGCUGUGAGUCUGUGUUGGAUGAGGAGCAGGGCUGCCUGAACGCAUAAUUCCUGCUCACAGCCACUUGUGACGAUGGCGGCCAAUGAGGUUGAUGUCUUCGCAAAUGAAGAAAAGCGAAACCUGGAGCUCAGAGGCCAUGUGGGGUUUGACAGUCUCCCUGAUCAGCUGGUCAGUAAAUCAGUCGCUCAAGGAUUCAGUUUCAACAUCCUCUGUGUAGGUGAGACUGGGAUAGGCAAGUCAACCUUAAUGAACACGCUCUUCAAUACAACAUUCGAAAAUGAGGAGGCCAGCCACUACGAGAAAGACGUACAGCUGCGCCCACAAACAUACAAUCUGCAGGAGAGCAAUGUCAACCUGAAGCUGACUGUUGUGCACACCGUCGGUUUCGGAGACCAAAUCAAUAAAGAAGAAAGCUACAAACCCAUUCUCGAGUACAUUGAUGCCCAGUUUGAAAAAUACCUUGAAGAGGAGAUGAAAAUAAAACGCUCCCUGUUCAAUUGCCAUGACACAAGAAUCCACAUCUGCUUGUAUUUCAUUGCCCCAAAUGGACACUCUCUGAAGUCUCUGGAUCUUGUUACAAUGAAGAAACUGGACAGCAAGGUGAACAUCAUCCCCGUUAUUGCAAAAGCAGACACGGUAUCCAGGAGUGAACUCGACAAACUUAAGAUCAAGAUUAUGAGCGAGCUGGUCAGUAAUGGAGUGCAGAUAUAUCAGUUUCCCACAGAGGAUGAAGCUGUCGCAGAAAUCAACUCUUCCAUGAAUACUCAUCUUCCCUUUGCUGUGGUUGGAAGUAUUGAAGACGUUAAAGUUGGCAAUAAGAUGGUGAAAGCGAGGCUGUACCCCUGGGGAUCAGUACAGGUGGAGAAUGAAAACCAUUGUGAUUUUGUGAAGCUGAGGGAGAUGCUGCUGCGUGUGAAUAUGGAGGAUCUCCGAGAGCAAACACAUGCUCGACACUAUGAGCUCUACCGACGCUGCAAGCUGGAAGAGAUGGGCUUCAAGGACUCAGACCCGGACAGCCAGUCGUUCAGUCUUCAGGAGACAUACGAAGCCAAAAGGAGGGAGUUUCUUGUGGAUCUGCAGCGCAAAGAGGAAGAAAUGAGACAGAUGUUUGUGAACAAAGUGAAGGAGACAGAAGCAGAGCUGAAAGAAAAAGAAAAAGAGCUGCACGAGAGGUUUGAACAGCUCAAGCGAAUGCACCAAGAGGAAAAGAAAAAUCUGGAGGAGAAAAGACGAGAAUUGGAGGAAGAGAUGAAUGCCUUCAAUAGAAGAAAAGUUGCAGCUGAGACACUGAUGGGACAGGCACUACAAGGCUGUUCACAACCAUUCAAGAAGGACAAAGACAAGAAGAAUUGAUUUAUCGAACACCCAGAAAAACCAGGAAUGUGUCUUCCAUCUGCAUGAGAAAAGGGACUGUCAUAUCUGACAUAUCUUCCUGACACUGUAUGUGUGGACUUAGUGUCACAGUGACUGCACGUAUGUGAGCCUGAAUAUUGUUAUGGCUAUGAGCCACUGUUUACUUACGGAUUAAAAAGGUAGCUGUGCUUCAUGUCUUAAUGCUGACUGUGCUAAACACACAAUCCUCAGACUGUUUUCAUAACGUAUAGCUUAAUUUGUUUUAUGUUCUUGUUUUGAAAGUGUGUUCAUCUCCUGUUUUUAAAUGUCAAGACUUAAAAUAGGAGCCUUUCAGUUACAGACUGGAUUGAACUGAUGAGUGUAAGUUAUAUGAUCAUUAAAUUAACAAGUAAUUGUGUGUAUUUAUACAAGCAGUUAUUCAAAAAUUAAAUGGUUUCCAGUGGGGCUUUUGUGAGACAGGAUGUCUUAUAAUGCACAUGAAAAUAUUGUGUUUUUCUGAUUGUUACUAGUUUUCAGAAGGUAUUGUUUAUAGUUUUCUGAAGAGUAUUUAGUUUUCUAACAUCAGUCCAUGCAACAUGAUGGAGAAAAUUGUAUUGAUUAAAACAAAUCUGGAAUUGAGUCAAAUAUUUAGCAUUUAUGUUUAAAUAAAAGUUGAAAAUUAAUAACUGAACUUGGCAUCAGUUCAUCUGUUGGUUAGCUGAACCCGUUUAAUCCUCCCAGUUCUUUGAGAUGUCUCAUCAUGUCAGUCAUUUGUGUGAUUCAGAGCAUUUCAUAUUGCAUCUGUCAUGACCAACAAAAAGCAUGUUUCCCUCUCUGAUUUUGAUUGACAGUGUCAACAGUGUUUCUGCAAAAGCAUAAUCAUUUAAUUCAAAUUUGAGCUCAGCGAACAGGACAAAUAAUCCAUGCUGAAUUAACUGUUUAAAAUUUGCACUGUACUUGAAUAUGUCUUGUCUUUUGGAUAUUUGUCGAGUGAUGCUGAAUAAGUUGCUUGUUCAUAUCAAUAACAUGACUUUUCUCUCCUCUUCAUAGCUUCUUUAGUCUGCCAUCUGCGUGCUCCUUAACCUCAGGAAGGAAUUUGAAUUAGAAGGCUUCUACUGCAUUAAAGGAUCACAGACUAACAAUCAACUUUAUUAUUUUUACAAUGUGAAAUAAUAAUUUUAUAGGAUUGCAAUUACCACCCCUGGAAGUGAGUCAGCCUGAAGUCUUCCAUGUCUACUAAACUCUCCUUAAAGCUUCUAAGCUUCGCUCUGUAGCAUGGUCUCUGCAUGGCUCCUAACCUUCAAACCUACUAGUAUUGAAAUGUAUUUGCCAAAAUCUCAUUUUUUUUGUACUAGAUGUGCUUUCUCCUUUCAUCUGCCAUGUUGUGCUUGUAGUUUCUGAGUGAUGACAAUUUACACUGUGAAAUCUAUCCUAUAAAGUUAUACAAUAUUGCAGUUCAUUGUUGAACAAUUUGAACAUUAUAUUAUUUAUAAGCACUUUAAAUCAAUCAUAGUUUAAAUACUAUAUGAAAGCAUUGUAAAAUGUGCCCUAUUACACUACCAUGUCUGCCCUUGUGCUGUGUUUAAUAGAUCUAUUAAGAAGUGUCCAUAGUUUUUAACUGCAAAAACAGCAUAUAAAUAUUCUGUUAUAUGACGAAAGCCUGGAUGAAUAGAAAUUCAGGGUUAUAUAUCUUAAUGUCAGUAGUUCUUUAAUACAGGUCCGUGUUGGCCUGCUUGGAAAUUUAUAAAUUCUGAUGUAAUAAAGAAUUGUUUUAUUGCGAAAA